UCGGUGAGUGCAGUGGGUAGUGGUAGCGGCAGCGGUAGCAGGGCCCUCCCUCUGUCUCUGCAGAUAAAUAUUCGCAGCCUGCUAUUCCAGGCAUGGAUGACGGUUGCAGCGAGACAUGGCAGUGCGACAUUAUACCCUCGACUUCAGCCUCUCUACGGCAGUUGACUCCGCCUCGACAGUUUCUGGUCUGAUGUCCAUAUUUCAUGAGCAGGAGCUGACAGAGACUGUUCAUGACACAAAUGGACAUGGAUACCUUGCUACAUUUGUUGGCAAGAAUGGCCGGGUUGCCAUUCUGCGUGUGCACUCCCAUGGGUUGGUGACCAUUGAUCUGCAAUGUUAUGAAGAGGAUAACAUUGCACAACUUGACAAUCUUUUAAAUGCACUGGAAAAGAAGCUAAAAGUUCUCUUAAAUGGCAAUAUUACAAGGAUUAAAAAGUUACCGGCCAUCGUGCGAGGAGCAAACGUUGAUCGAUACUGGCCCACAGCUGAUGGCAGACUGAUUGAGUAUGACAUUGACCGGGUGGUGUACGAAGAAGAUUCUGCAUACCAAAACAUAAAAAUAUUGCACUCACAACAGUAUGGAAACAUCCUCGUGCUCGAUGGAGAUGUUAACCUGGCGGAGAGUGACUUUGCCUACACCCAAGCCAUCACAGGAAAUGGAAAAGAGAAUUACGCUGGAAAAGAGGUGCUGAUACUGGGAGGAGGUGAUGGAGGCAUCCUUGCUGAGUUGGUCAAACAAAAGCCAAAGAUGAUCACCAUGGUGGAGAUUGACCAGAAGGUGAUAGACGGGUGCAAAAUGUAUAUGAGAAAAACCUGCGGGAACAUCCUUGACAACCUGAAGGGAGACUGUUACCAAAUAUUUAUUGAGGACUGCGUUCCCUUGCUGAAGAAGUACGUCCAGGAAGGAAGGACGUUCGAUUAUGUAAUUAAUGACCUCACUGCAAUCCCAAUAUCCACCGCACCAGAAGAAGACUCUACAUGGGAGUUCCUGCGUCUCAUCUUAGAUCUGUCAAUACAAGUCCUGCACCCCAGUGGGAAGUAUUUCACACAGGGGAACAGUGCGAAUCUGACAGAGGCACUGAGUCUGUAUGAGGACCAGCUGGAAAAGCUCUCGUGUCCCGUGGGCUUCUGCAAAGAGGUGGUGUGUGUGCCCUCCUACUUGGAGCAAUGGGUCUUCUACACAGCAUGGAAGAAGUAAAGACAUGCAGUUUUCUCUGCUUUAAUUCCCAGCAGCUGGAAUGUGAAUGCUCCUCUCCUUUCUCCUGUAGCCCUAAAAAAGUGUGCUCAGACUGAACGUCCCAUGAAAAUUAGAGGCAACAAAAAGUUGAGAUGAAUUCGUUAUUAUGGGGGAUUUAAAUUUUAAGAAGGAAAUCUUUAAUCUAAAACAGUUUCUGAGUCUGAGUUGUUGAUACUUGCACAGGCACACUCCUCGUCACGCUUGGCAGCCUGUGUCCAGUAUUAGUGAGCUACAGCUGACUGACCACUGGAAGCAACAGCGCUGUAAUCAGCUGUUUCAUGGACUGCAAAACACUCCGACUUAAUUCACCCGUGUUGGUUUGAAAUAAUCAGCACAAAGAGUCACUUCAAAUUCAGUCUGAGCACAUCUUAAGGGGAACACUGACAGUUUUAUCAUCCCCUCUACUAUCCCCAUUCCACCUCUCUUCCCUCCUGUGUUUUAGUUGUGUUUUUCCAUUGUUUGCUACAACUGCUCAGUUGUAUUACAUUUAUGUUACUUGAUUUGAAAUGUCCAUUUGCAUGUCCUCUGGAGGAACUGUUAGAUGUUGAAACACUGAUUUGAUACACUGAUAAUAUGGUGUGACUCAUCUUACCAUAGGCGUGUGUUCUCUUUUUUUUUUCUUUGAUCUUGAGUUUUGAGCUCAAAUCGUGUGAUGCCUAGGCACAGCCUACCUGGACUGAGUCGCUUUUAAGCUUCAUAAAGCUUUAUUUUUGUUACUGGCACUCAAAUUUGAUCUGAUUCUUUCAGGUUGAAUGGAGGCAAUAUGAUCAGGCCCAGAGAGACUGAAGUGUUUGAGUCCAAAUGUGUUUUAAAAGGGAAACAAUUCCUCCACAUUAAUGCCACCUUCUGUGCUUGUGCUGUUUUUAUGUCAUGUUUUAUUUGCACCUUUGGUUUCUCCUGAUAUACUUUAAGUUUUUUAAGACUAUAUUAGGUGCAUGUAAAGGACAGUGAAUGUAGCUUGCAUAUACAGUUCACAGCACAUUUGAUCGACCCUGUGGGACAUUUAUUUAUUCAUUUUAAUUUCACCAAAUGCUGUUCUGUCCUACUUGAGAUAAUUUUGUGACCAUCUACAAUUAAAGUGUGUUGGGGGAAAAUG